UCAUUGGGGGGUCUGCACCUAAAGUAACAGACCCUACCAAUCGAUCACCGAUGGUAAACAGGAGCGCUGUAAGAUGGCGCAGACAAUAUUCGAGGCGCUGGAAGGCAUGGACAACCAGACCGUUCUAGCAGUCCAGUCCCUGCUGGAUGGCCAGGGGGGAGUCAAUGACCCCAACAACCAGAAUGUGUCUGCAGGAUCCACCAUCCAGUCUAUGGAGGACGAGGACGUUUUCCUGUGUGGGAAGUGUAAGAAACAGUUCAAUUCCCUGCCGGCCUUCAUGACACACAAGCGGGAGCAGUGCCACUCCGGAGCCCCCUCCCUGUCCACGGUGUCCCUGGCCUCCACCAACAUCUACGCGCCCGUCCCGUCCAUCAGCUCCGUGCAACAAAAUCCUGCCAACCGACAGGUGUCCACCUACAUCACCGUCCCGCCUUCUCCUCUGACGCACACGCUGGUCCAAGGAAACGUGCUGGUCAGUGACGACGUUCUGAUGUCGGCCAUCUCAGCCUUCACCUCCAUAGACCAGCCCAUGGCCAGCAUGCAGACACCUGUGCAGAGCAAUCUGAGCAUGCACACGUCUGGAGUAUCGUAUCUUCAGCAUCACCACCACCACCACCACCAUCAUCAUCAUCCUCAUCAUCACCACCACCAGCAGCAGCAGCAGCAGCCCCCCCUCAGUCUACCUUCCAGCCAGACAGCCGCCCACUCGCUCCCGGCCGGAGCGCCCGCCCAGCAGCCACUCUCCUCCCAGGUCCCCUCCAGCCACAGCAGCUCCGUGGUUCAGGUGUACAGCGCCAUGCCGCACAUGGCGGGCGGCGGUGGCGGCGUAGCAGAGAUCCACAGCUUGGGUCUGCAGGCCUACCAUCCCGUUCAGGUGCCCAGUCAGUGCGGGGAGAGCCAGUCCUUCAGCAGCGCCCCCAUCUACAGCCCUGAGAAGCAGACCACCAAAACCAAGACCUGCGGCGCCGCUGGCAACAUGGCGGAGCUGGGGGACUUUGAGAAGGUCAUCAUUCCGAAACAGCCAAGGAGCGCCAAGAAAAACUCCAGUGGGGGUUCAGCAGAGCAGCUGAAGGGAAAAGGUCCGAAGCUCAAGUGCAGUUUCUGCGACAAAACCUUCACCAAAAACUUCGACCUUCAGCAGCACAUCAGAAGCCACACGGGGGAGAAACCGUUCCAGUGCAUCGUCUGCGGCCGAGCCUUCGCCCAGAAGUCCAACGUGAAGAAGCACAUGCAGACUCACAAGGUGUGGCCUAUGAGCGUAGCCAGCACCGUGUCCCGACUGCCGAUCACCGUGAAGGUGGUGCCCGUGUCAGCCAAUGAGAAGGAGGAGGGGGAGCAGCGAGUCGACAGGAACGAGGACAGCUCUCAGCAAAGGCAGUCGGAGCAACACGCAUCAGAAGCAGAGGCAGCCGAGGAUUUGGAGGACAGCGUGACCGAGCCUUUGGCUGAUCCCGGGUCCACCCAAGGGGAGGAGAUUCAGCCCCCAGUCCAGAUGCAGGCGGAUGCACCGUCCGAUCAGAACCUGCCGGGUCAAGCUCAGACCAAGCAGAUUGUUCUGAUAGACAGUUCGUAUCAGUGCCAGUUCUGCGCCGGCAAGUUCCGGACGUAUUUCCAGCUGAAGUCCCACCUGACCCAGCACAAAGGGGAGCAGGUCUACAAGUGUGUGUUGAAGUCCUGCUGCCAGACCUUCCAGAAGCUGGAUCAGUUUCUAGAACACAUCCGGACCCACCAGGAGCAGCUGACGUACCGCUGCCACCUCUGCAGCAAAGUCUUCCCGUCGCUGUUCGAGCUGGGAGUCCACCAGUACUCCCACUGCUUCUGCCCACAGCAGAGUACGCACAAGGAGGCCGCCGUCUACAGGUGUGUGAAAUGUCAAAGCAGAUAUUCGACUCAGGAAGCCCUGGAGGAACAUCUGCUGACUGCCUCCCACAGCUUUCCCUGCCCACACUGUCAGAAGGUUUUCCCCUGUGAGAGGUACUUCAGACGCCAUCUGCCCACUCACGGCGUUGGAGGACGGUUCAAGUGUCAGAUCUGCAAGAAGGCCUUCAAGACGGAGCACUACCUCAAACUGCACGCUCGCAUCCACUCAGGAGAAAAGCCAUACAAGUGCUCGCUCUGCGACGCCACCUUCAACAGGAAGGACAAGGUGAAGCGGCACAUGCUCAUCCACGAGCCCUUCAAGAAAUACAAGUGUCCCUUCAGGACACACGUGGGCUGCACCAAAGAAUUCAACAGACCCGACAAACUUAAGGCCCACAUCCUGUCACACUCCGGCAUCAAACCCUUCAAGUGUCUGUUUUGCCAGAAGACUUUCAGCCGCAGGGCUCACAUGCUGGAGCACCAGCAGUCCCACACGGACAACUAUCGCUUCAGGUGCUCCGUCUGCAACAAGGGCUUCACCCGCCAGAGCUACUUCAGGGAUCACAAGUGUCCGGCUGCGGGAAACGGGGCGGUGGCGGCGGGAGAGACGGAGGAGGACGAGCUGGCCGGACUGUCGAUGGCCGAGGAGGCAGACGGGCAGGGGGACGGGGAGAAGGAGGGCUUAGACGGUUCGAGGGAAGUCCAACUCCAACUGGAAGCAGCAGCAGCAGCAGCAGCGGAGGGCGAGCCCAACAACAGCUGUGCCGCCGCCAUCAUCAUCAUUGAAAGGCAGAUGGACAGAGAAGAGGAGGAGGAGGAGAGGCUGGAUGAAGGUGGCGAGGUGCUCGCUCUGAGGAACGACCAAACCUCUCUGCAGCAGCAACGUUUGUAGAAAAUUCUUAAAAACAUUUCCUGGAUUCACAACAAAAAAGACAAAACAAAGCAUGGAAUUCUGGGAAAAUCUCAAACUUUUGUUUUAAAUUAAAACGUUAUUUAUAUAUUUAAUGUUUUUUCUGAAGUCUUUCACUGUAAGACGAUGACUGGAGCCUGUCCAUGUUAUUACUGGCUGCGCAUUUCUCCGCUUUCAGUGAUCUAAACAUAAAUGACUGAGGAUCUCAUCUCGCUUGAAA